AUGUGUGGCAGCUACUACGGAAACUACUAUGGUGGCUAUGGCUGUGGCUACAGAGGCCUGGGCUGUGGCUAUGGCUGUGGCUUUGGAGGUCUGGGCUGUGGCAAUGGCUGUGGCUAUGGCAGCUAUGGUGGCUGGGGUGGUUACAAUGGCUAUGGCUAUGCCUGCUACCGCCCAUGCUGCUAUGGAAGAUACUGGUCUGGCUGCUACUGA